AUGUCAGGGACCUCUUCCAUCUCAGACGACGACAUGUCAUCCUACAGCGGUCACGAAGAUUAUGACUACGAAACCGAUUGCACGACACCUGCUCCAUCAUGUUCUGGAGAACACAUAGAGAAUGAGGAGGUCGAAAGCUUCAGAGCACGAGAGUAUCCUCAACUCGCCGGCAAAAUCUAUCUUGAUCAUGGAGGGUCAACACUUUAUGCCAAGUCAAUGGUCGAGGAUUUCUCAAGAGACUUGAUCUCAAAUUUAUAUGGCAACCCACACUCAGAUUCCACGCCAUCGGCAAUCGCUGGUCACCGGAUAGACGCCAUUCGUGAGAAAGCCCUUCGUUUCUUCAAAGCCGACCCUGAGAAGUGGGAUCUGGUCUUUGUUGCAAACGCUACUGCCGCUAUCAAGCUUACUAUCGAGUGCAUCAAAGACCAUGCCGCCUCCACACAUAGGCAACUAUGGUAUGGCUACCAUCGUGACGCUCAUACUAGUCUCGUCGGUAUUCGCGAGCUCACAACAACGAGUCGAUGCUUUGCCAGCGACAAUGAGGUAGAAAAGUGGAUCGAGUGCGGUGGCACUGGUGGUCCUCUUCCUCGCCAAUUAGGUCUCUUCGCCUAUCCUGGUCAAUCAAACAUGACUGGUCGUCGUCUUCCCCUGACGUGGCCCGGUAUGAUAAGAAAGAAAAUCCUACGAGCAAACACCUAUACUCUCCUCGAUGCUGCUGCUCUUGCCAGCACUGCUCAAUUGGACUUGAGCAAUACUGAUGAAAGUCCUGACUUCGUGGCUCUCAGCUUCUACAAGAUCUUCGGCUUUCCCAAUGUUGGUGCCCUGCUGGUGCAGAAGUCCUCUUCUCAUGUCCUUACAAAUCGCAAAUACUUUGGAGGUGGCACAGUCGAUAUGGUUGUGACCAUCAACGACAUUUGGCAUGCAAGGAAGACCGCCAGCACCCAUGACGCGCUUGAAGAUGGUACUUUGCCUUUCCACUCGAUCUUUGCUUUGGAUUACGCCAUCAACGUUCACGAACGCCUUUAUGGACCUGAACCUAUGAAGUUCAUCUCGCGCCACACAGCACAGCUGUCAAAGCAACUCUACGAUAGCCUCUGCAAUCUACGACACCGAAAUGGCAAACCCGUGGUUCGUGUCUACAAAGAACCUACUACCAUUUACGGCGACAGCAAAACUCAAGGUGGCACCAUCGCCUUCAACGUGUUGAAGUCCGAUGGCUCGCUCGUCCCAUACACGGAGGUCGAGAAGUCUGCCAACGGCCACAACAUCUAUAUUCGCAGCGGCUCUCUCUGCAAUCCUGGUGGCAUGGCUACCUACCUCAACUGGACGCCAGCAGAGAUGAAAGCAGCCUUUGCAUCCGGCCACCGAUGCAGCAAUCCCACUGAGAUUGUGGAUGGAAAAGCCACAGGCGUCGUUCGUGUGUCUCUUGGAGGCAUGUCCACAGCUUCAGACAUCAGAGCUUUGAUCUCUUUCCUCCGCGCCUCUUACGUGGACACCACAACACCGAAAACCACACCUCUUGCUAAGCAGCCUUUGUCACUUCAACGGGCUUCCUUCAUCAAAAUCCAAAUUCCUGAAGAGAGGGAAAUGGAUGCUGUGGUAGGGGCGACAGCACCUGUCAUUUGUCCUCCUCCUAUGCGCAACCGCCUGCGAAAGUCUUUUGACUUCAGCGUGGGACCGUCGCCUGGUUCUUCUGUCACUUCCAUCUCCUCUGCUGGCCUUCCUCGCUCUCAGUCUUCCAACCUCAUUGGCAUCAGAUCGAAACCAAACAUCAGUAGACGCAGAAGUCUACUCAGCGGUUCGGCACCUAAGCCUGUGGUGGGCAAGUGGGACACCUUCUGGAAGGAAGAAACGGCUGCACUUGUUGCUGCUGGAGCUAUAGAAAGUGAAGUGAAACCAAUUGCUUCUUCAAUCGAUACCAAGAAGAAAGAGAAGGAGAGGAGUGGAUUCAGAAAGGUCGCCAGGGCUUUGACUUUGUCGAGACGACAUGACUGA